AGCUGAGCCGAAGCCGCUUUCUUGUCGGGUGACAGCCAGCAAUUCAAUUCCAUUCGUGCAAUGGCCGAUACUUCGAAAAAGACUGAUGGUCCCGAACCUUGGGAUGCCACAGCCUGGGACCCCUCGACCAUCCCCGACUUCGACAACGAUUUCAUUGGGGACGACGACGUUCAAGAGUUCGCCAAAGCCCUUGCGGCUCCGGACUUUACCUCCCCCUCGGAAGACGAUCUCCUCCAUGCUGCGAGCCAGCCGCCCCAGUUCUUCACAGCUCUCAACGACUGGGCUCCCGUACGUCAAAAGGUCAAAGGUCGCCAAAAACACAAGCAAGAGAAGAAGAAGCGUCCUCCGCGUCGAGGCAAGGAUGAGACAAGAGAAGGAUGGACAUACAACCUGCUGAAAUGGCCGCUGCUGUUCGUCGUCCUAGGCUGGAUUACAGCACUGGGAAUCUCAUACAUGUUCACGAGGCUGUACAUCUAUCUCUACGAACACUUCGUUACCUGGCGAGGAAAGCGAGAACAACUGCGCGCCAGUCUGCGACACAAGUCCAACUACGAGGACUGGAUUAAAGCUGCUGAGGAGCUGGAUGGCCACCUGGGCAGCGACAAAUGGAAAACAAACGACGAAUAUGCUUAUUACGACAGCAAGACGGUCCGUCGCGUCAAACACCGCCUACAAUCCUUGAAAGCAAAGGUCCAAGCCGAAGCAAAAGACCACCCUGCUGUGUCUCCAGGCGGACGCGCUGUCGACGAGCUCCGAGGUCUGGUCGAGGCUUGUGUCAAGAACAACUUUGCAGGCUUCGAGAACCCUCGUCUCUAUUCCGAAACAUACUACGGAACCAAGAACCUCGUACAGGACUUCAUCGACGAAGCUUCGGACUGUAUCAAAGUUUUGCUAGACUCGGACCUGCUGACUUUAGAAGACAAGCGUGCCAUGGUUAAGCACCUCAGCACAAACUUCGGACGUACUGCUUUGUGUCUUUCGGGCGGUGCAACCUUUGCUUACUAUCACUUCGGUAUCGCAAAGGCUCUGUUGGAUGCCGAUCUUCUUCCCCCAAUCAUCACUGGCACUUCAGGAGGCGCUCUCGUAGCUGCUUUGCUUGGUACUCGAACCAACGAAGAGCUCAAGUCGACUUUGGUGCCUGCAUUGGCGGCUCGUAUCACUGCCUGUAGGGAAUCAUUUCCUGUCUGGUCGAAACGAUGGUACCAGACUGGUGCUCGCUUUGAUUCGGUCGACUGGGCUAGACGAUGUGCUUGGUUCUGCCAUGGUUCUCUCACCUUCCUCGAAGCUUUCCAAAGGACGGGUCGCAUACUCAAUGUGUCUUGCGUUCCAUCCGACCCCCAUUCGCCGACUAUCUUAGCAAACUAUCUUACAGCUCCUGACUGUGUCAUCUGGUCUGCUGUCAUCGCAUCAGCUGCAGUUCCUGGCGUCCUCAACCCCGUUGUACUCAUGAAGAAAAAGCGUGACGGCACUUUAGAGCCCUACGCUUUCGGGCACAAGUGGAAGGAUGGAUCGCUCCGUACCGACAUUCCGCUCAAGGCCCUCAACUUGCAUUUCAAUGUCAACUUCAGUAUCGUUUCUCAAGUCAACCCUCACAUCAACCUGUUCUUCUUCUCCUCACGCGGUAGUGUCGGCAGACCAGUCACUCAUCGCCGUGGUCGAGGAUGGAGAGGAGGCUUCCUUGGCUCUGCUCUCGAACAAUAUCUCAAGCUUGAUCUGACCAAAUGGCUCAAAGUUCUCAGACAUCUGGAAUUGCUCCCACGACCGAUGGGUCAAGACUGGAGCGAAGUGUGGCUGCAGCGCUUCUCUGGCACAAUCACAAUCUGGCCGAGGUCGAAACCAUCAGACUUCUGGCACAUCCUUGCUGAUCCCUCCAAAGAACGUUUGGCAAACAUGAUCCAAGUCGGCCAACAGGCUACAUUCCCGAAGCUGAAGUUCAUUGCUAACCGCAUGAAGAUCGAGAAGAUUGUGGAAGAUGCCCGACAGAGCAUGAGACCUAAUCCUAAUGCCCUACCAACACCUUCGAUCGAAAAGAGUCAGAUGCGUAGCAUGCUGAGCAGUGACGACCUUGAGUCCCUGCUUGAGCAAGCACAGUGGUAG